UGCGUGCAAAAAUGGAAAAGCAGAAAUAGUGGGACCAGAAGAAUCUACGGAAUUGGAUUCACUUCUCUCUCUACAUCUACAUUCAUCAUGGAGUUGGCGACCAAUCCAAUCCAAUUCAUGGGCAGAGGCAGAGCGGACAACAGGCAAUCAAGACCUUGUCUAAUCUUUUCUUCUUGAAUCCUUUAAUUUACUGUUCUAAAAGGAAACAAACACUUGACAGGGCUUUUUUCAUUUUCCUUGGUCAAACACUCUUGUCCGUAAAACAACUCCUCCCUCAUUUCCUUUGGGUCUUCAGGAUCUGCCGCUUCCCUUAUUUAAACCAAAACGAUAAUAGAUUCCAUAAAACUUAAUUAUUUUGACAGGGAGGAAAUGCUGGCAGGGUUUGCUUAGAUUUUAGUAUUUGUUCAUAAUAAAAUUUACCAACUUUUAGGAGGAUUUUUUUAUUUAUUUAUUGCAAGUUUGAAACAUACCCAGUUGGUAAAUUAUUAUUCACAGAAGAAGUUGUUUUUGUAAGGGGGGAGUUGAGAAACUUGAUGGGUUUUCUUGUUGGUUCACAAAACGGUGUGAGGGGUGGUGGUUGUUUUAGGAGUUUGAUAAGGAGAAAACAGGUUGAUUCUGUUCAUUUUAAACGACAUGGUCAUCAUCAAUUAGCCAAGGAGUUGUCUGUUCCACACCUUAUUGCUAUUGGUGUUGGCUCAACUAUUGGAGCUGGAAUUUAUAUUCUUGUUGGAACAGUUGCUAGGGAGCAUUCUGGACCUGCUCUAUUUAUAUCCUUUCUGAUAGCUGGAAUUGCUGCUGCUCUUUCAGCAUUUUGCUAUGCAGAACUUGCAAGUCGUUGUCCAUCUGCCGGCAGUGCAUAUCAUUAUUCCUACAUAUGUGUUGGAGAAGGUGUUGCUUGGUUGAUUGGCUGGGCUUUAAUAUUGGAAUACACAAUUGGUGGUUCAGCAGUUGCUCGUGGCAUAUCCCCAAACCUAGCAUUGUUCUUUGGAGGUCAGGACAGUCUACCAUUUUUUCUGGCUCGUCAACAUAUACCUGGGCUUGAUGUUGUGGUUGACCCUUGUGCUGCUGUUCUGGUAUUGGUUGUCACUGGGCUCUUGUGCGUGGGAAUAAAGGAGAGUACUCUGGCACAAGCUGUAGUAACCUCCAUAAAUGUGUGUGCCAUGCUAUUCAUCAUAAUAGCUGGUAGUUAUCUUGGCUUCAAGACUGGAUGGGCUGGAUAUGAACUUCCUGCUGGGUACUUUCCUUUUGGGGUGGACGGGAUGCUUGCAGGGUCUGCAACUGUCUUUUUUGCGUACAUUGGUUUUGAUUCAGUUGCCAGCACUGCUGAGGAGGUUAAAAAUCCUCAGCGAGAUUUACCUCUAGGCAUUGGUCUCGCAUUGUCUAUUUGUUGUUGUUUGUAUAUGCUGGUCUCUGUUGUCAUUGUUGGUCUGGUACCUUAUUAUGCUAUGGAUCCUGAUACCCCUAUUUCCUCUGCAUUCGCUGCAUAUGGGAUGCAAUGGGCAGCGUACUUAGUAGCUGCCGGAGCAGUUAUGGCUCUCUGCUCAACAUUGAUGGGCUCAAUACUUCCUCAGCCUCGAAUUUUAAUGGCAAUGGCUAGAGAUGGAUUGCUGCCAUCAUUCUUUUCAGAUAUUAAUAAAAAGAGCCAAGUUCCUGUUAAGAGCACAUUGGUGACUGGCUUAGGUUCUGCAGUACUGGCAUUUUUUAUGGAUGUUUCACAAUUAGCUGGGAUGGUCAGUGUGGGAACGCUUCUGGCAUUCACUAUGGUAGCAAUUUCUGUAUUGAUACUGAGAUAUGUACCACCAAAUGAGGUGCCUUUUCCAUCUUCACUUCAGGAGAUUAUUGAUUCUGUGUCAUUACGGUACAGUACAGGUAGCCCAGAUGUCACUAAGGAAAAGUCUGGUUUUUAUGCCGGUACCUCUAUGGAUAGCAAUUUGCCUUUAUUAGGCAAAGCAACAGCAAUUGAAUAUCCAAUAAUUGUAGAACAAGAGGCUCAAGGCAAUUUUGUUAUAAAUGAAGGGAGCAGGCGAAAAAUUGCUGGCUGGACCAUAACAGCCACAUGUGUUGGGGCAUUUCUCCUUGCUUAUGCAGCUUCAGACUUGAAUCUUCCUAGACUUCUUCGUUUUAUAGUGUGUGGAAUUGGUGGUGCACUUCUCCUUUUUGGUCUGAUUGUGCUGACCUGUAUAGAACAAGAUGAUGCGAGGCACACCUUUGGGCAUUCAGGAGGUUUUAUCUGCCCAUUUGUUCCACUCCUUCCUAUUGUCUGCUUUCUUGUCAACAUCUACCUUUUGAUUAAUCUUGGUGCUGCCACUUGGACCCGUGUCUCUGUAUGGCUUAUAGUUGGAGUGCUUGUAUAUACGUUCUAUGGGCGGACACACAGCUCACUGCUGGAUGCUGUCUAUGUGCCUGCAACUCACGCUGAUGAAAUUUAUCGCAGCUCGGGAGAAAGUUCAGCAUAGAAUAAUGCAUUUCCAGUUUACAGCAUCCAUGAUGCAAUCCCAUGCGGUUCUUACAACAGAAUCUCUUUGUUGUAUGAUUAUAAUCAUUUAUAAUAUUAUUUCCCCCCUUCCCCAUUUGUUAUUUGUUUUAUUAUAAGUUAUAAUAUUAGUGAUGGCUUAAAUCUGUCUUAUGUAGUAUAUAAUAUAUACAUAGGUGGGUGGUUUGGGGACUUGCUCAAAACAAUGUAAAUAUUCUGAUUCAAGAAGAUCCUUUCUUUUAUAGAAUUUACAA